CUUCAGUUCAACUUAAUACUGUAGCAAAUAAACAGUGAAGUACGCAUUGUCAGAAAUAUUCGCCAUUUUCAGAAAUAAAAAUAUAUCUCUGUUUCAGAAAUGAGUUUUAACAUAGUUUUUCUCUUCGUUAUGAUAUUGUUCCCCUCGUUAUCAAAUCAAACCUCAUUGCAGGAAGAUUUAACCCUAACACAGACAGAACUAGAAAUAUUAACCAAGUUCAGGGAAUUGGUCAAAUCACGGCUUCCACAUGACUAUAUGACCGAAGACAUUUAUUUGAUUACUUGGUUGAGAGCAAAAAAGUUUGAAAUUCCUGCAGCUGAAAACAUGUUAAUGGAGAAUUUGAAAUGGAGGAAAGUACAUAAUAUGGACAAUAUUCUGAAGGAAGACUGGUCAGAUUUUGAGCAAGAGUUUCGUUUUGAAAUUCAAGGUUGCGAUAAAGAAGGAAGGCCUGUCGUCUCAAUCCCCGUUGGAGAUUGGGACGUUAGACGAGCCGUGCUUGCCGGACAGAGUGAUAAACUAAUCCGAUAUUUCGACAAGCUCCUUGAAGAAGUAACCACCUUAAUCCGGGAUGCGCAAAAAAGUGGGGAAAACAUGACCCGAUUUAAUCACAUUAUGGACAUGGCCAAUUAUAAUUUGAGGAUACAAGCUUGUCCGUUAUGCAUCCCGGUCUACGUUAAUCAUUUUCUAUCGUAUGAAAAUCACUAUCCUGGAACUAUGAACUCAAUCAAACUUGUAAAUUGCCCACCGAUAUUUCUCUCUUUGUGGCAAAUCAUACGAGAAUUUCUCUCCCCUGUAACGAAAGAUGCGAUUAAGCUGUACGGAAAGGACAAAAGCGAGUGGCAAACUGCACUCUUAGAAAAUAUCGAUGCUUCCCAGCUUUCUAAGGAAUUCGGUGGACUGAAUGAUGAAGGUUUUUCGAUGGAAGAAAUUAGAAAAUUACCGAACCUCAAGUGUUCCAGUUUAUCGAUGGUUCGGGAAGCAAGAAGUAAAAGUUGAGAUGGGAGGAUUUUAAUCAAAUUUAUGUAAUCAUAAUUAAAUAGUGAUUCAUAUUAUGUAAAUUGUGUUAAGAAUUACAAAAUAAAAAUUGAAAUAUUUACCAAAUACAAA